AGAGCUGGAGCACCUUUUUAGGGUCUAAUGAAUGGUUGAAAGUGGUAAUCGAUGGGUGUUUAGGGAUUUUGUGUUGUAUAUGAAAUGAAGGCAUUAGUAUUGAGGCAUUUUGUUUUCUCUUCUAUCUGCUUUCAUUCUGCGAGCGACAAUGAGUUCUGCGGGUUCCGGCAGAGGGAAGCCCAAGGCAACCAAAUCCACGUCCCGAUCUCAAAAGGCUGGCCUGCAAUUUCCGGUGGGCAGGAUCGCGCGUUUUCUUAAAGCAGGCAAGUACGCCGAUCGCGUCGGCGCCGGUGCUCCGGUCUACCUUGCUGCCGUUCUCGAGUACUUGGCAGCGGAGGUAUUGGAAUUGGCGGGAAAUGCUGCUAGAGAUAAUAAGAAGAACAGGAUUGUGCCUCGCCACAUACAGCUAGCGGUGAGAAACGACGAGGAGCUGAGCAAGCUUUUGGGCGACGUUACCAUUGCUAACGGCGGCGUUUUGCCCAACAUCCAUCAACAUCUCUUGCCAAACAAGUCCGGAAAGGGGAAGGACAUCGGUUCUGCUUCACAGGAAUUUUAGUUUUCAUUUCGGGUUGGUUACUUUAGUCCUAUGAUCAUCAUAAUCUUUGCCUCUCCAGAAUUUAUUAUUUUUUUUUUUAAUAAAUUUGUUAUUCAUUUGAUAUACAAUCAGGGCUUUAACCCACCUCAAGCUCUGGUAAUCAUGCUUGUUCAAAUGCUAAAGGGUUUGCAUUUAGGGUAUGUACAUACUUAAAAUAAAUGUUUUCUUUUCUAGAGUUUCUGCUUAGACCUACUUCUCAUCAAUUCUCUAACUGAAAUAAAUGGUGCAAUUGCUAUUCAGGG